AUUUCCGCAAUGAAGCGAAUUGUGGCUUCUAUUCUUAUAUUGACAAUUACCCUCGCCAAAGAUCUUUGCAAAAAACACACAGAUGGUGAAAAUGUAUAUUGUUUUUGUAGGUAUCGAAACCUUUCUACAGUACCAGACGACUGCGCAGAAAAUACUACUGUUUUGGAUAUGCGUGGGAAUCACAUGAGGACACUGUAUAAUCGUUUCUUCACGGGCCUACCUUAUCUGCGAAAAUUGAUUUUAUCUCAUUCUUAUGUUGAAAGGAUUGAAGUUCUGGCAUUUUACAACUUAUUUCAACUAGAUUCAUUAGAUUUAAGGCAUAACUUUAUAGGAAGCGAUGCACUGCCUAAUGGUGUAUUUCAGUCUUUGAUGCAAUUAAAACGAUUGGAUUUAAGUUACAAUACCUUUUCAGAGUAUCCAGACAAACAACUGAGCGAUUUGGUAGGUCUUGGAAUUUUAUCUAUAAAUGGCAUCAACGGAAAAAAAUUUGGAAAGGGAUUUUCAAAGUUAACCAACCUUGAACAAUUUAGAUUGCAGCCUUGCAAAUAUGAAAUAUUACACAACGAUACGUUCAAAUAUCUACGAGAUCUACCUAUUACUUAUUUUCCUUUGGAAUGUAAAAUACGCAAAGUAGAAACCGGCGCAUUUUUCCCAUUACAGCACUUGACAUCGAUCAGUAUAUACAGAAACCGUGUUAUACAAAUAAGUAAUUUACUUCCGUCUUUUAUUGCGUUCAGAGGGCAUAAUAUGUCAUCAAUACUUUUGGAUAACAAUAAUUUCUAUUUCGGAAAACGCUUUGAUACUCUAUCAAAAAACGAUGGUGCAAUAUUAGGUGAUAUUUGUGCCAGGACAAUUUCAUUAGCAUCGAAUUCAUUAAUUGAAAUCCGUCUUGGAUUUUUCCAUGCCAUGAAAUAUAGGAACUGUAUUGAAACACUUAUCCUACGAGGUAACUCCCUCAAUCGUCACCAAGAAUAUAUAUUUGAAUUAAAUUUGCUGAUUAAUCUAAAAUAUGUGGACUUAUCCAAGCAGAAUCCUUAUUUCUUGAUUGGUGAAAAGACUUUACGAAAUAAUUAUAUUGGAACCCCUAGUGGUUUUACAAUAAAACUACCAUCUACUUUAAAAUUUAUAAACUAUUCAAACAUUAUCACCAAAAAUACAAAAUUAGCUCCCAAAGUGAAAGUAGUUGAUGGGUACAAUGUUGAAGUGUUGGAUUUUGCAAAUGCACAGUAUAUUUCUUGCAACACGACAAUUUGGGGUUUCGCAAACCUCAAAAACUUCAAUUUUUCGGGUUCUAGUUGUUCUUUAUUGUCACCAACAUUUUUCAGAUAUCUAAAACGUCUAGAUCAUCUGACAUUCCGAAACGCACAAUUAUCACGUCCUCUAGGCAGUUAUGGUUUUGAAAAACUAUUACAUGGAUUGGUUCACUUAAGAUAUAUAGACUUUUCUCAGAAUAACUUGAAAAUGUUUGUUUCUAAUUUAUUUGUUCAUCAAAAGCACUCAUUGAAAAAACUUAUUCUGGAUGCAAACGACUUCACUGAUAUUCCAAUAACUGUAUCAGAUUUUCGUAAAAUGCUACAUUUGGAUUUAAGAAACAACAAAAUAGAAUAUAUACACAAGCACGUGAUGGCUGAUAUCGACAAGGCGAUGAGCGAUGGGUGCAAUUUGACAAUUUUUCUCUCUGGAAACCCACUGAAAUGUAACUGUGACACUAUAGAUUUUAUUGAAUGGUUAUUUAGAACAAAUGUUAUACUUGAUGCAGAAAAGAAUUAUUCAUGUUCCGAUACGGAUGGAACAAUUCGAACGACUACAUGGGCGUAUUCUAAUCUUCGUGAAACAAGGUUAAACUGCAUUUCAACAACAUACUUGACAAUAUCUAUUAUAUUAACAUCAAGUGUAAUAAUAUUUGUAAUAAUGAUGUCAUGGGUUUGUAAAUACAAAAUAGCACUUAAAUAUUGGUAUUACAACAUUCGGUGGAAAUAUCGGUUAUUUAAAGACAUUAACACUCGUACUAACUUUAAGUAUGAUGUAUUUGUUGGUUAUCAUCACACUGACCAUAAGUUCGUGUCAGAUAAAAUGGUUGCUUUUCUUGAAUACGAAAAAGGCCUUAAGCUCUGUCUCCACCAGCGUGAUUUUCUUGCUGGACUUUAUAUUGCUGAUAAUAUCAUAAAUGCUAUUAAAGAUAGUCGCAAAGUUCUUUUUGUAAUAUCGACAAAUUAUCUGAAAAGUAAAUGGGGGAGAUUUGAAUUCGACAUGGCACGUAUGCAAAUGUUUCAAGAGAAUCUUGAGCCGCUAAUCAUAAUGUUGCUUGAGAAUAUUUCACCAUCAGAAAUGCCCAGUGAUCUGAUAGAUAUUUGGGAACGGAUAACAUGUAUAGAAGCAGACGAGGUCGUGCGUGAAUCUACUCAAGCGUUCAGUGGUCACCAGUUCUGGGAAAAACUAUAUAUAGCUGUGAAACCGUAAUAAAUGACUGUAUGAAAUGUGUGAGAAUUUUUGAAAACACACAAGUCUUAUUUUCAAUGUUGUUUUUUCUGUUGGAUUAGAACUAAACAACAACACCAAGCCUAGCUAACAGUUCAACAAACCACAGAAACAGCCGACUCACCCGAGGAAAUAGACGUGCAAAAUAAGCCUAAACAACACAGAACACUUAAUGGUCCAGGUAGACUGACCAACAGUAAACUAUGCUUAAGGAACUGAAAGGGUUAGAAUUGGCAGCCCAUAUUAAUGAAUAAGCCACCAUAAAUAAACUGCAAUAUAAUUCUAAACUUUUAAUACAUCAGUAAAAACAAAA